CUGAACUUCGGAAUUUCACCGAGAACAAUAUCGCAACGACAAGCAAUCGCGACAAGAUGAACGGCAAUCCGUUAUUCACUCCGCCGGGUGGCCAGGGAGGUAUGGAUGGUGCGGAUGCGCAGACCAUGGCUGCUGUAAAGAGUAUGCAAUACCUAAUGGAGUCCUGCCCCGGCAAAACCGCCGUCUCAGGCGUAAUGGGCUUUGCUCUCGGCGGCGCAUUCGGUCUCUUCAUGGCCUCUAUGUCCUACGACACUCCCCUAUCCACCAACCCCAACGCAACCGCGAUCCAAUCCCUCCCCCUCCGCGAACAGCUCCGGGCCGGCUUCAAAGACAUGGGCUCGCGCUCCUAUUCCUCCGCCAAGAACUUCGGCAAAGUGGGCGCGAUAUUCGCGGGCACGGAAUGCUGCAUCGAGGGUUUUAGGGCGAAGAAUGAUUUGAAGAAUGGCGUUAUUGCGGGUUGUAUCACCGGUGGGGUGUUGGCUGCGCCAGCGGGUCCUCAGGCUGCUGCGUUGGGAUGUGCAGGCUUUGCGGCGUUUAGUUUGGCGAUUGAUGCGUACAUGAGGAGACCGAGUGAGGAGGAUUAGGGGAGCGGUGGUUGUGGUGGUUGUGGUGGAUCGUAUACAUAUGGAACGUCUUAUAGGGGGUUGGUACAGGAUGGGACAUUGAGACAUAUCUGAUUGUCCAAGGAAAGGGUAAUCAUGUAAGAUAUGUACAGGAAUAUUGGGGCAUUGCAUGGAGUUUCGGUUCUGGAUUUACAAGGCCAAGGUCAGAGGGACGACUGACCUCUGCGCCAACACAUAGAGCAAGCAUGGGCUGGAGUUCUCUUGCUUCAUAAUACCAACUCACUUCUCAACUACAAACAUGUUGCUCCAAG